AUGGAUUCCGUCCGGAACUUUUAUGAUACCAUCAUCAAGUCAUCGCAUCCUCUAGUGCUCAGCUUACAUUUAGCGGGUAAGGCCAUUCCCGUGGCCUUCUACCUGCUUGGUGGGUGGUUCGUAAGUUACACGUCGCACUUCCUGAUCAUCACCAUACUGUUGCUGGCAGUAGACUUCUACUUGACUAAAAACAUCAGCGGUAGGAAGUUGGUGCACCUUAGAUGGUGGCACAAUGCUACAGGGACCAAUGAGGACGGCAGUCCGUUUGUAUUCGAGUCUUAUAAGCAAUAUCCGGACUACUCUGGGCCUGCCGUGAACCCGAUUGAUUCGAAGUUGUUCUGGAUAUCAACGUACGCAGCACCUGCGCUUUGGGCAUUGUUCGGCGUCUUAUGUGUGCUGAGACUACAAUUUAUCAGCCUCUUCCUGGUGCUGUUCGCAGCAGGGUUAACAGGUUACAAUGCGUACGGAUUCCGCUCCUGCGACAGAUGGGAGCCCAACAAGAAAAGCUCGGAGACAAGCAGCAUAUGGCCACAAAUGCCUACAUUCACGAAUGUGGAGAACAUCCAGCGGCUGUUCACCUUCCAAACCUUUUUUAGGAACGGUUGA